AUGGAUUUGUGGCAGGAAGUGUCGCCUGGCUGUGGCGUGUGGUACAUCACCCGAGAAUUAUACCUGUCGCUGUGCGUCUGCGUCGCCAACCGCUCCACCGCAGAGGUGGAGGUCGUCUUUCGGUGGCGUGGCGACCCAGCGCUCAGCAAUGCAGUAGUGUUGGCGCCCAUUAGCAACAGCCGUGGUGGUGGUAGCAGCAGCAGCCGCAACAACAAGAGCAACGAAAACGAGGACGGCACGCAGUGCAACGACAAUAGAAGUGACACCAACGUCGAAAAAUCUGACAGUAAUUGUGAUGCCAGUGGCCGUCCCGGGGUUUGUGUGAGGCGUGCCAUUCACCCACGCAGCACAGUCGUUGUGGCUGCUGUUUCACCAGUGGACGAUACGCUGCCCAUGACACUUAACUUCGCGCUGGAAGUGUGCAACCCGAUGCCACAGCCCGCGCCCAUGAAUGGCGAUGCAGUGCCACUUGAGAAUGCGGUGAAGCAAAGCGAGGCGGUGGAAGCAUGGCUGCAGCGGCGCCAGUUGAGCUGCUCAACCUGA